GGCCAGCUGCUCCUGCUUGACCACCUUUUUUCAGAGUCAUCGUUUCCUUGGGCCCCCAGUUCGAGGGCUCACCUUCUCGAUUAUCUCAGCGUAGGCCGAAUUCCGUCCAUUCCCCAUCCCCUCCGUCCAUCAAGGAGCCUCGCCCUGCUCUCUCAUCAAAACUGCUGCACUGAUGCAGUAUAUCUUGAGCCCGCCAUCAGCACAUGUCGAUUCUAAGAGCGCAGUUAUUCAUUAUGGCGGAGCGCGCACCUCCCGAACUUUUGACUCGAAGAGAACCGAUCCCAGACUAUGACCUGAAGACGUGCUCACACCGGCAUGAUAUACUCGCAACAGUUGUCGAAGCCGACCGGCGGCGCCCUCUUCCUGUUGUCACGCUAUACCACUGGUGUCCGCCAACUGUCCGUGUAACGACCAAAGUCAUGCUGUCUCCAGACGUUUUGCCAACAAUCAAGGGCUUUACGUCCUUAGGCACCUCCUUUCUUCCAGAAUACUCAAAUAUCUCUAAGACGCUUUCUGACCUCCUAGCGGCAAAACCCUCUGGCCCAGAAACAACGCCUCAACUGCUCCCAGAGCUCAUAGGACGGCUUGCUAUGCCGGACCAGGGAACUUUUGUGCAAUUUUUCUCCUUUCCUGUGUUUAGCAACAGCCCAAACGAGGUUUCCACCGAUGGCCUCCUCCCGAUGUGGAAGUUGGCAAAGCCUAAUAGUAUUUACAGUAAGAGAGGUUUCUGGGAGACAGAACUACACGAAGCUCUAGAACACGGAGAAUGGAAUGCCGGGAAAGACCUGAUCUUAUUGACAAGAGGGGUCUCGGGACAGACGCUACAAACUAUCGGAGAUUGUAGAAUUCCCAGUUUUGAGCGCUAUUCUGCAUCAUAACUUUUCGAACCUCGAAUGUAUAAAUAAUUAGUCAAUGAAUAAUCGGGC